GGACGCACUUCGAAUUUCGUGCAUUUCCGUGCAAAAAGGAAGGCCACUUUGUCCUUUUCGCAAAAGGCGAAACGACGAAAACGCGACUCACAGAAGGACAUAAAAGCUUGCUCGACUUGCUCGCUACAAUCCGCAAGGAAGAUUCUGCUGGACGGGAGGAUGUUGCCGUCCCUGGCGAAACACGUCAACUCGGCGGCGAGAGGCACACGGCAGUGGCAGCAACGAAGGCAGCCGCAGUGCCACGCGCGGUCCGCAGCCCUUAGGUACCACCGUUCGGCUAUCUCUCUGCCGCAACCCCCGCAGCCGAGGCCACCGUCGGUGUUGUUGUUCUCGCCAGUGCCGAUCUGCCGAUUGCUGACGGCACCAUCCCCUGGCGGGGGUGUGCUGCUCCCACAGCCCACUUCCUUCAGCAUCUCGAGAGGAACCGCCGCGACCACCGGCGCAUUCUGAGACAAACACGGAGAUUGUUUUUCUUCACAAGCGUUGCAAGCGUGGGGGGAUUGUUGCUGGACCUCAGGUACAUCGAUAAGUCAGUUUCAUUAAUUAGAACAAAGAGUUAGCUGGGCUUUUGGUAAAUCGAAUCAAUAUAUCGGUUAAUCGUGCCCUCCCUUCUGCUGUUUAAUUAAUUAGAAACGUUUAGAUGUUUAAAUAUCGUACAAUAUAUUUCACAAUUCCUGCAUAAAUGAUCUGAUGAACUGUGUUCUUUUCUUCUCGACAGGUUCAGUUCUAAGAUUGAACGAGACGUUAGAAGUGGGAGUUCGAGGGUGUUCAAAUUCUAUUCUCAACCCCGCUUAUGGUGUGUUCUCA